AUCAAUGAAGUGUUGGACAUCUUCUGUAAUGCCAGAACAUUAAUUUGCACUAAUUCAACACGUUGUCUGAAAGUUUAUGAAGUAUUUUUUGACUCUAAGGAACAUCGCGUACUCGGAGGUGAGUCAUCGGAAAGGACUAUAGCGUCAAUGUUUGUGUUUUAUUUAUAUAAUAGUAUUAACACAACUAUUUUUUAUUUCUAGUCAAUGUUAAAAUCAAUGUUCUUGAGAAGAUGCGUGUGAUCAGUCAAAUCAAAGUAUGUCAUGUUUAUCAGUUAUAUAUACCUGGAGAUACAUACCAUAUAGUUCAAAACCGCGGCCUAACCGCAACAGAACCGCGGCCUAACCUCACCUAAACCGCAUUAUUUGAUCCACCACAGUUUCAACUUUUUUUUAAAAUAGGGUGAGAGCAGCUUCCAUAUCUUCCAUCGUUUGUUAAAUGGGCUCAAUUCAGAGCAAUUGCAGAAAUACCUCCUUGACGAGGACCACAGGUAACGGCGUGAUUUAUAAGACGAUCCAGUGAAGACGAUGACCCUCUCAACAAUAUUUUCAAAGUUUCUAAAUGAUUGACUAUUUUUUCUUAUACAGAUAUGUACCUUCGCUACCUAGAGAAGCGUUUUGUGAAAGUGAUAAUUCCCUCUCACAGUCUCUGAAAUGUUUAGAGAGAAUAGGAUUCAAUGAAAAGGUUGGUGCUUGUCGAAGUAAACUAACUUUAUUUAUACUGCAGAGCUCUAUCAGUUCCAAAUUGUUCUCCCUGGAGAUCCAGUAAGAGUCAUCUCUUAUUAAUCCAGUGUUACUACAGGAGAAAACCUAAACUAACUUUAUUUAUACUGGAUAGCUCUAUCUGUUCCAAAUUGUUCUCCCUGGAGGUCCAGUAAGGAUCAUCUCUUAUUGAUCCAGCGUUACUACAGGAGGAAACCUAAACUAAACUAACUUUAUUUAUACUGGAUAGUUCUAACAGUUCUAAACUGUUCUUCCUAGAGAUCCAGUCAGAGUCAUUUCUUAUUGAUCCAGUGUUACUACAGAAGGAAACCUAAACUAACUUUAUUUAUACUGGAUAGUUCUAUCAGUUCUAAACUGUUCUUCCUAGAGGUCCAGUAAGUAUCAUCUCUUAUUGAUCCAGUGUUACUACAGGAGGAAACCUAAACUAAACUAACUUUAUUUAUACUGGAUAGUUCUAACAGUUCUAAACUGUUCUUCCUAGAGGUCCAGUAAGGAUCAUCUCUUAUUGAUCCAGUGUUACUACAGGAAGAAGCCGGAAUACCUAAAGAAAACCUGUGGUGUUUGGUAGAGUCAAACUGGAAGCAAUCUUCUCACAUGAGACUGAGGUGAAAUUAUUAUCAGACAACUGCAUAUUGCAGGAAUCAAAACCUGGUCACAGAGGUGAUAAAUUUACCAUUGUGUCGCCAACACGUCUUGACGUUAGAAAUAUUUAUGGUUGGGUUGUUAUGUUUUAGGAAAUUGAAGAAGUGCUCCACCUCGUAUCCGCCAUUUUGCUCCUGGGAGAUUUACAGUUUGGUGAAUCAAACAAGAGAGACGUGCUGGCAUUCCGUAAUGGCGAAGUUCUUGAGAAAGGUAGCUCAUCAAAUUCUUCAAUUGAAAUGUAUGCCGUGAAUAUUUUAUACAUAUCUUUACUUCUAUUUUAAGCUGCUACCUUAGUUGGAGUUCCGUGCGCAACUUUGGCCAGCCUGAUAAUUACAGAAUCAAAGACUGUUCGUGGUAAGCAAUAUAGUACUGGAGCUCGGAGGUUGCCUUCUCGGAUUCUUGUCGUGCUUUUCAAUUCCUUGUCAAUUAGAGCUGUGCGGUUAACCGAAAAAUUCGGUUCUUCCGGUACUUUUUUUAGCACCGAAAAUUAUGCGCAAAAGAACCGGUAGUUUCGGUUUUAAUUUCCCGUUUAACGCCCGCCAAACGCCCACCUGAUUGCAGGUUGAAAUGUUUGGAAAAUAACAAGAUUGGGCUCUUUGUGCACAAUAUGCACUGUACUAAGUGCUCAAAUAGUUGAUAUUUUAGUUGUGAUAGUUAUUGUUGUGCACUUGCUUGUUAAAAAGAAAUAUUUCAUGUUCAUAAAUAAAUUCCAAUUGUUCUUUUAAAAUUUUCAGAGAUUUAUACAAACUUACAAAGGCAUAUAAAUUCAUCUAUUUAGUAAAAAUGCUCGAAACAUACAUAAAUGAGUUCGUACAUUUGUACUGUUCUUCUUUUUUGAAAAUAACCGAAACCGAACCGAACCGAGGUUUUUCUGUUCCAAAAAAACCGGAACCGAAACCGAGAUAAAAUUUUUGGAACCGCACAGCUCUAUUGUCAAUGUCCAUCCACAGUUUGAUCAUUUUUAGAUAUCUCUUUUACACAUCUCUUUCGCUCUGCUCAUCCUCUUCAGCCCAGCUUUAGUUUUCUUAUUUUGCGUUUCAGUUUUCUUGGCAUUUUACGAGUAAGGUUUCUGUUUCCACACCUAGGUCGAAAGGUGAAUAUAUCAGCAUCGUGUUCAAAGGCGAUGUACGAGUGUGAUUGUAUGGCGGUGUUUUGUUAUGAAACAUUGGUCAUGUGGAUUGAAGCAAGAAUCAAUUCCAGAUACAAUGGCCAUUCAAGGUACACCUGACGGCCGUGGCCGGGGGAGGCAGGGGGGGGGGCAUGGCCCCCCUAUUGUCGAGACCCGUCGGAAAAUUGGAAAUUUGUUAUGUUGUUGGAAACUUCGUGGUCAAGCAUACCUACAUAUACGAGCGGGAAUUUUACUUCUCUUAGAAAUCGGUCUCGAUUUACGUUUUCCCAAUAUACAUUUAUAGAAUAGUCAAUAUUUAAUUCAAUAUGACUUCAUAUAUUAUUUAUGUCGGAAAAAAUUGUGUUUGUCGUAAAAAUCCUGCCCUUGCUCCCCCCCCCCCCUAAAACAUGGGACGUCCCUUCCUGACGGUCAAUGUAGGUAGUGCCAAGCUAAUGUUUUAAUGAAACUUACUUGUAUAAACCUAUACAUCAAAAAGCUAUUUUCUUCUACAGAUUACAAUCUGAUUUUUCACUGAUGUUACUGGAUGUCUUUGGGUGGGAAAAUUAUAGUAUUUCUUCCUUUGACCAACUAUGCAUCAACACAGUGAACGAAGUUCUGCAGUCCGCGUACAACGCCAUUGUCUUUCAAACAUAUCAGGUAGAAACACCUCUUUUUUAUAGUUGAGUGUUUUUUUUUAAUCUUCUGUGAUCUUUCCUACUUAUUUCCAUUAUUUCUAAUCUAAUGGGUUUUUUAUGAAGACGGACAUGGAGAAUGAAGAUAUCUACUUGAGUGAAUCUUGUCAAAAGUAUGGUCAACCUGGUGCUGUGCCUUUUCUUCUUAAAGUAAGAAAUAUUUCAGAGUAGAACAGUACUCUGUGAUAUCUGAUACAGCUGAAAGGAGUUUAGGUAGAUUUAACAUUUCUCUCUUUUCUUAAGCCCAAAGGUCUCUUUGAUGUUCUACACAGCAACACCGACAAUGAUCAAAAUUUAUUGAAAAAGUUUGAUAGUUCAUUUAAGAAAGAACCACGGUAUAUCACCAACGACAAUCAAGAAUUCUCUGGAUUUUUAAUCGAACAUUUUAUUGACGAGGUAGGUUUUGUUUGUGUUAAACACACUGAGUCAGUAGUUCCGUCAAACAUUUCUUACAAAUCCUUCAAAACUUAGAAUUUACCUGUGCAAAAUUCCUACUGUGAUCACAGAAACUUGGAUAGUGUGAACCAUUAAGAAGAUAAAAUGUUUUCUAUCGUAGGUUUCAUAUGACAUCACUGGGUUUGUAGCUCAGUCAAAGAACAGGUUCAACAACAAUGUUUUGGCUUGCCUCAAAGGUAACGAAGGAAACCUAUUCCAAGAUUCUUGGAAAUGAUAGCACGUGUUUUUUAUCUUCAUUUAUGUGUUGCAGGUUCCAAGAACAAAGUGGUGUCCGUCAUGGCACAAGAACGAAUCACCAGGUAGGAUGUGGUUUCGUGUGACUUAUACAACUACAGUACAGGUUUUAAUUAUUUCUUUUUGUACUCAGAGAAAAUACAUCGUUAGAGAAAGCCUCAUCGUCUCCGUCAAGGUAACUUUCUCAAAAUUUUACCUUUAUCAGUAUUUUCUACCUUUUCAAGAACUCAGCUAAACUUUUUCAAUUCAUAUUUUUCUACAAGCUCCAAGAAACGUUCGGUGGUCGAAAAAGACUGGCUUAAAACGUAAGUUCACAAAAUACGUGACUAUUUUUCAUGUUAUGUAAUUAAUGGUAAGUAACUCUUUCGUGUAUUUCAAGUAACGUAUUCCUGACAAAUUCUGGCAAGGAGAAAAAGAAAUAUUCUUCAAUAAAGAAUUCGAAUCCAGCUGUUUUAACGGUAGGUGUUCAUUUAAAGCGUUUUUAAGAGUUCAUUUCUGAGAAUGAAAAUGUUCAAGCUGUUAUUUUUUAUUUAAGAUGUCGUUAACAUCACUUCUCAAGCGAAUGUCGUCCUCAAAAGUUUAUUUUAUCAGGUACGUUGACGGGGACAUAGUUCUUAUUGCUCGCAAUUUUGUCAAUUGAAAUCAACGAAAACUGUUGUUUUCAAAAGCUGCGAGGCAUCUCAUACAGUAAUCAAUGAUAUUUAUAUUUUAAUCAACUACAGAUGCAUCAACAGUAACCUGCGUAUGCAACCUGGUAUCUUUGAUCGCGAGAGGGUAUUACGUCAGGUUCAGUGGAGUAAGCUUUAUGGAAUUGUCAAGACCAGGAUGCCUUGUCUCAAGACGUGGUUUUCAUUAUCAGAAUUCAUCACCAGGUGAGCAAUAGUUGAGUUUGAACACAGUCAGAUACUUUGUACACAGAAUGAAGACACACAGAAGGUCGACUCAGCCAAAAAAGCCUAACCGCUGCCACGCCAUGAUUCGUCAUCAAAAUGCUGACGCCAUGGUCCUAGCCAGUGCGUUAUGAGAGGCAUUCCCCCCUUAUAAACAUGUCACUAAUAAAAGUACUAUGGUUUAGAACUUAUAGAGCUAUCCAAAUAAAUAUAAAAGAUAUUUUCCUUUAUAUUUUAGAUACAGAUUAUUAUUCUUCCAUCUAACUAGUCCAGUAUCUCCCUCACCUGAACUGUGCCACUCUGUCUUGAGCAAGAGGUUUGAGGAGUCUCAAUAUAGAGCUGGAAAAACCAAGGUAACACCUACUACUCUAAAUCUUUGGUUUCAAAUACAUUGUUUAAGGUGUCUGUGCUCGCAAUUUCUUCUAGGUUUUUCUAUCAAGAAGUCUUGUUCUCGAAUUAGAUGAGAAGCUGAAAAAGAGAGUACUUCAAGUUAUUCUUAUUCAAAAGGGUAAGGAUAUGGGAUUGAUGUUGUAGUAUUUCGCGUUGUCUAAAUAUGGUGAAGUUAUUUUUCAAUACUAAAUUUCAUUUAAUGUCUCAAAUCCACCUUAAGCUUGUUCCUUAGUCAAGUGAAUUUUCGUAAACGUGCAGGUCAAUUGUAGGUACAGUAGUAAAUCUACCACAAGCCCCGUGGUUUGUAUCUGAUCUACCUAGAAACAUUUAAAUACAUUUCAACGUUUUAAUGUCCAAUAUCUAUCAACCUAAUAAAGUAAAGCGUAUGUAAAUACAUGAUUACGUUUGUUUAAGUUUAUCGAGGCAUGCUUGCCAGAAAACAAUAUCAAGCCAUGAUCAAGAUAAAGAAUAAAUACGAUGAUCAACGUUCAUUAUUUUUCUCUGAGGUAUUUUCCUAAACUAACUUUAUUUAUGCAGGGUAAGUCUUCCUAAAGGUGCAGUAAGGAUCAUCUCUUAUUGAUCCAGUGUUACUACAGGAAGAAACCUAACCUAAACUAACUUUAUUUAUACUGGAUAGCUCUAUCAGUUCUAAUCUGUUCUUCCUAGAGAUCCAGUAAGGAUCAUAUGUUAUUGAUCCAGUGUUACUACAGGAGGAAACCUAAACUAAACUAACUUUAUUUAUACUGGAUAGCUCUAUCAGUUCUAAACUGUUCUUCCUAAUGGUCGAGUAAGAAUCAUCUCUUAUUGAUCCAGUGUUACUACAGGAGGAAACCUAAACUAAACUAACUUUAUUUAUACUGGAUAGCUCUAUCAGUUCUAAACUGUUCUUCCUAGAGAUCCAGUAAGGAUCGUAUCUUAUUGAUCCAGUGUUACUACAGGAGGAAACCUAAACUAAACUAACUUUAUUUAUACUGGAUAGCUCUAUCAGUUCUAAACUGUUCUUCCUAGAGAUCCAGUAAGGAUCGUAUCUUAUUGAUCCAGUGUUACUACAGGAGGAAACCUAAACUAAACUAACUUUAUUUAUACUGGAUAGCUCUAUCAGUUCUGAACUGUUCUUCCUAGAGGUCCAUGCAGUUAAGAACAAUGCUUUGAUUUCUGUACGUGUUUUUAGAUCACUGCUGGCAUAUCAAAAUUUCACGAUCAUCUAUCACUUCAAAUAUCUGAAGACCAGAGACGACUCAAGCAAUAUAAAUUAAAGGUUUAUAGCCAUUAUUUUAUUAACUACAACUUGAUGUGUAGACAUGUUCACAUGUUCAAUUUUCUUAAUCAGGAAGAAUGGAAGAAAAGCGAAACAAAUGAAAAGAAUGAUGCACAGUAAGUAUAGAUUCUCACAUGUGACUAGAUAGAGAAAUCCAUCUUGUUUGGUCGACCCUAAUCCUAACCUGAAUCCUAACUCUAAUUCUUCAUAUUUAACCUUGCUUAUUUAUAGAAACAACCAAGCAGGAACAAGUCCGAGCAGUCCAGGUACAAUUUUGACAAGAAUUACUAAAUGAAUAUUGAGGAAUUUCGUGGCAAGGUGGAUGUCGCUUCUGUAACUAUUUCAGUCAGCCAUAUGUGAACUGUUCACUCAGUAUUUUCUCUUCUAGGUGGUCGUACGUCGUAUGUAUGGGGUGACGAGGUUAGUUAACUUUGAACGUUUGCUUCCUCGUAGUGCUUAAGUCCAAUUUACACUGCAGUUGUGUGCUUGAUUUACACAGUAUACAAUUUGUAAGCAGGUUGCAUGCGACGGUUUUAGGCAAAAGUUGUGCGCUUGUUUUACACAGUAUACAAUUUGUAAGUAGGUUGCAUGCGACGGUUUUAGGCAAAAGUUGUGUGCUUGUUUUACACAGUGCAAUUCAAGUUGUGAGCAGGUUGCAUGCGACGGUUUUAGGCAAAAGUUGUGUAGUUGUAAAUCGGCCUUUACCGAAACCCACCAAUAGGAUUUCAAAUAUGUACUUCUAGGUGAUUAUUGAUGAAACGUCGGAAUCAUCAACUUGGUGUAAGAUUGUUUGUUUUCAACGCACGAAGCAGUUGGCAUUGUUUAGCGUGAAGGAUCCCAAAGUCGUCAUAAAUGGCAGCAAUCAUAGUUUCACCGCAGACAGGUGCGUAUGAAGUGAUGGCUUUCACUAAGCACUAUCGUGCAGCAGAUGAUGGUCAACCUGCAGUUAUGAGAAGAUAAUCUUCAUUCUUUUCAUUAUAUGUAGUAGUCUUGUAUUUGGAGAAAAAUCAAUAACAAUUGAGAGAUGUUGCUUAAUUUUCCUAAUCUGGUAUCUCACUAUUCGUCCUUCGUAAAACAUCCAUCUGUAAUUUAUUUUACAUUUCAGAAUUGGUUUCAAUUCAUUUCCAACCCCAAGUCAAGACAAACAAAUGAAGAAAGUGAAAGCUUGUAUUGGGAGGGUAAGCUACAGUUGAGUCUCGUUUCUUAUCGUUUCUUUGUUGAUUUCUUAUUGUUGAAACCUUUCCAGGGUGUUGAGCUGUACCUUGCAACAGACGGAAGUUUAAUUGCAGUCAGGUUAUGCAAGAACCCAAUUUUUGUCAAGGUAAGUCGACCAGGCCGAAGACUUGGCUAAGCAACAUUAAUUUUCUAAAUAUUGUAUUGAAGCAACUGUACUGCAAAUAUAGUCUUGUAUAAAGAUUAUAUAAAGGCUGGUUUACACUAUCAAAGUUUCUGUGAUCACAGUAGGAAUUUUGCAUAGGUAAAUUCUAAGUUUGAAGGAUUUGUAAGAAAUGUUUGAGGGAACUUAAUGAGUGUUAUAAAGGAUGGUUUACACUAUCAAAGUUUCUGUGAUCACAGUAGGAAUUUUGCAUAGGUAAAUUCUAAGUUUUGAAGUAUUUGUAAGAAAUGUUUGAGGGAACUCACUCAGGGUUAAAUACUGAGUCAGUUCGUCAGUUCACAAGCGUAGAAUUCAAAAUUGAAAAAUUCCUACUGUGAUCAGAGAAACUUUGAUAGUACAAACCAGGCUUUAGACAAGUUUAUCUUUAGGGGUAUUUCUGUGAAGACAAGUUGCUGCAAACUCUGGGGGAGCUGUUCAAGAAUGAAGAAUCAAAGGUCGAUACUGUAACAUGUUUCCACGUAUAUAAUAAAAAAAAAGAAAAAGAAAAAAGGGCCCACAGUAAUUGGUACCAUACUGUUGUGGCCGGUGACCCUGCCAUGAAUGCAUGACAAUGGCGAAGUUAAAUAAAUAGGAAAAUUGGCCCGCCCCUAUAACUGUCAAUAUGUUUGAUCUCGACCAUCAUGUGUAACAAGCAUAUAAAGCAUGACAUGCUUUUCUUUAGCUCUUCAAUUACGGACGUUUUAUCGAGAAAAUCAACUAUGAAUGCCACCCAGCAAGACUGACCAUAGACAGUGAGGACAGAUGUCUGGCAAUGUGUGUUGUUCAUCUUUGUUUUGUGAAGAACAGCGUGAAUGACGAUGACUCUCCCUGUUGGGUCGAGGUUGUCUUGACUCGAGCAGUUCAAUAUGUCAAACGUAAGUGGAAUUUCAAACCUAUAUGAGCUGUCAUGCUUUGUGUCUGAACUACCUGAAAAAGAUUAACUUAAAACAUUGGAAGUUUCAAGCCAGAAUCAAAAUAUUGAAAUGUUCAGUGUAGGUUUUCUCUUACAGCAAUACUAGACCAAUAUACGAGAUGGUAAUUACUGUACUUCUUGGUAAAACAGUUUAAACUAAAAGAGCUAUCCAGCAUAACAUAUAUUUGAUCCCUAGACGCGGUUUCACUCUCAAUGCAACGAAGAAGGGAAGUCCAGGAGAAAUAUCAUUUUCAAGAACCGCCAGCGCUUAGAAUGGAUUCCAAAAUGGAGUCAACUUCAGCCAAGAUUCUGAAACUCAUCCGACCAAGUCGCUAUAUUGAGACGGUGAAGUUUAAACGCAAGGCGUGGGCUCGAAAGAGAGUUGUCAGCAAUCCUUUUUUGUAUGGGGAAGUCUCGUUCAGUGAGGAUGAUAGGAGCGAGAGCGCUUCUCUUUGUUCACCUGAGAGCAGUUUCGCAGAGGAAACAGGGUUUGAAUCUAAUGAAGAGAUUUGUAAUUCGCCUAAGAAUGAAGAGCAAGAGUUGUAUGAAAAUGUACAGAUUCGCAAUGUGCAAGGUAAGCGGGAAAUGGCCAGGAGUCAGAGUGCAUUCUUACCUGACAGCAGCUUUGCAGAACAGUCAAUGUUUGAAUCUGGGGAAAAGGUGUCUACUUUGCCUGCACGCGGAAGACAAAAUCUUUAUGAAAAUGUACAGGUUGAAACCGUGAAAUGGCAAAACUUCUUUAAAACAAGCGGUAAUGUAUCUGAUAGUUUGAAAGAAGAUGGGAGCAGAAACGUGAAUGUAGAAAUUCAUAGUUCAUCAGAAAAAGGCGGUCAAGAUCUUUAUGAAAAUGUACACAUACAGAAAAAUGUCAGAAACGCGGAAGGCCAAAAGUUCACACCUGAGAAAAACCAGCAGAGAGAAAGAAGAAAAGUGAUUCAGGUUCAGUCUAAAUCUGAUGGCCAGAAUAAAAGCAGACAAGUGAAUCAGGUCGAUUCUCGAAGUGGCUCGAAUCAGUCACUUCCAAACCGUCCCCCAACCAGUGUGGGUCCUGGCAUAUCUCCCAUGAUGGUCAAAGGAAUGACUGAUGUUAAUAUUCCUGAAAAGUUAGAUAAUACGUCAAUGAAUGACACCGAGGAUUUGUAUGUUAAUUCUGAAAGUUACAACACCUCUUGUAAGUCUUCGUCAAACGAGGAAGGUGAAAUGUGUCACACUGCAAGAAAGAUGUCAUUGGAUCACGCAGAGUCUGGGGUAAGAGAGGAAGUACAUGUAGAUUCCAGUGGCAGAGUUCGCCUGAGUUCUCAGGUUUUCCAUUCGCGUGGUGUAGGAGAUUCUAGAACGCCGAGAAAGUCAUUGAAUCGUGUGACUGAACAGUCUGGCAUGAAAGAAAGAGAAUAUGAAAUGCACUCAGGCACUGAUAUUCAGCAUGAUUUCCCAAGCCCUGAUUACCUGGAUAACGACCCAGUCUACACGAACUUACUUCAGAUGCAAAAAGAUGAAAACGUCUUGAGAGAUGAGCUGAGUAAGCAGAGUGAAGAUGUGUACGAGGUCAUGAGCAGAGGCAGCCAUCAUGAAAUGGUUUAUCACAGUGAAGAACAGUAUGUCAAUUAUUCUGCAUCAAGCAGACAAUAUUUACAACAACGAAAAAGUAAGGUUGGAAUGACACCAUCCGUUGAUUUCUCAGGUGAAGAAUCAUCUCAAGAGUUGGUGAAACAUCGAAUGUCAUUUCCGCGCCUCUAACCAGCAAUGUAACUCUUACCUAACCAUAAACCUUACCACAACCUUACUUAACCUACCCGAACCUAAACCCAACCCUAAUCUAAGAAAUGUCUUUGCAUGCCAUAAACAGAAGUAAUAUCAUAAUUAAUAUGAGUUUAGAUAAUUAUUUGGUAGCUAAUUAUACUGUAGAUUGCUUCAAAUGCUUGUUACAAACAAGGAAAUUCGCCUGAAAAAACAGUGUUGACAUAUCUGCAAGUGUUUAUCGCUAGAUACCAACAACGGAAGCAGAAUCUACUGACUACAUAUGAGUGUUAAUGUGAGACACUGCUAGUGUUCAUCGUUAGGUGCCAACAACGGUUAGGACAAUCUAUGUAGUGCGGGCUCGUAUUAAAGAAAUAAUUCAAAUAAAUAAAUUGUAGUUUUAUUUUUCUGUAUUUUUGUAUUAAUUUUGAAGGUUUUUAAUGCUAAAGAUCUAUUACACUUCUUCAAAAGUUUAUUACAGGUAAUUAUUGAGUAUCUAAUAUUAUAAUACAGUCAUUUUUACUGCAAUUUAUGCAGCUACCACUGUUUAAUUAUGGCAGUCAAAUUUCGUAUAAAUACACAAAUAUUGCAGCAUGCUUUUACUGCUCGCAUGCUCAAAAUAUUUUCACUGAGUCAUAUCGCUAAAAUGGCGAGUGCUUUUCUUUAUUACUUACUUGAAAAAGAAAUAUAAAUAAAUACAUAGCAAAUAUCAAAACAGACAAAACUGCUAGCCUUGUGAUUUAAGUCAAGGGUCAAGUGGGGUUUGACUGUGUUGAGGGCCAAUGAGGGGGCGGUCGAUAACUCCCUACUUAGGCCACAUAAAAAAAAUAGUUGGUUAGCGUCCCCGCCCGCCCACAAAAAAGGCCGCGCUCAGGAUUUUUUUAAAUUUUUUAUUUAAAAACCCCUGACAUUUAUUGAUCAACGGGCUCUAAUAUAUGUAGUAUUUCUGUUGACUGUAGUCAAUUGUGUUAAUAAUUUGCGAAAUUGCAUGCGAAAAUGACGGUAUGAAUUAUAUUUUGAAAUAUAUAAAAAAAUAUCUGUACUGCGCAAGAAAAUCCAGCUUCGGACCUAACAGUGAGUAAAACCAUGGCGUUAAAAAUUAGUAAAAAGUAAAAAAAAAAGCGCCCGCCCGCCCACUUUUUGGCAAAAGCUAAGGACGCUAACCAACUAUUUUUUUUUAUAUGGCCUUAAAUCUAAUUUCUCUAUUUUAGGUGUGCAUCGGUUCACAAGAAUUGAUGUCUUUACGACAUUUAAAACGACUUAUUCUUGCAAGAAACCAUGGAAAUUUAUCUAAACCUUUAAGAAGUAUAUCAAGCCAUACUCUUCCUGUAAUUAAUGGAGAUAUUGACAUUCAAUCUUCAGACUUUCAUAGAAAAAAAGACUUGUAUGCAAAAUUCCAUGAAAAAUAUAUCGAAGAUUUAUCAAGUUUAGAUUCUGGUGCAAACCAAAAAGCCAUUGAUCGUCAUGUUAAAAUUAACAAAAAACUUCUCCUGAAAGAUAGGCUUGCCGCUAUUCUUGAUCCGGGAUCAGAUUUUUUAGAACUAUCACCACUAGCAGGGUUUAGUUUGGAAUACGGCGAGAUCCAGCGUGCUGGUAUUUUGUCUGGUAUUGGCAAGAUCUCAGGUCAGCCGGUGGUUAUUCAAGCCAAUGAUGCAACAGUUAAAGGCGGCACAGCUUACCCAAUCACUGUGAAGAAACAACUUCGAGCACAAGAGAUUGCAGAGGAAAAUAAUUUGCCAUGUUUGUAUCUGAUCGACAGUGGUGGAGCGUUUUUACCAUUACAGGUGUGACUUGUAUGGUGGUCAUUUUAUAUGGCACUUGUUGAUGGUAUUGUGUUUUAUAAAUUUAUUUACUCUAGUAGUUAUGUAGCCUGUGAAAACAGCUGUGGAACGAGACAAUCAAGUGACUGUUUUUGCAGGCUACUAGGAAGGUUGACAGUCUUGCCAAGAUCCAGCAAAAUCUAAUCCUCUAAGAUCUGCUGGCACACUACAAUUGGUUAGAUUUUCACGCCUGAAUUAACCCAAAAUAUUUUCAGGCAGAUAUCUUUCCAGAUGAGCAACACGGUGGCAGAGUGUUUUAUAAUGAGGCUAUCAUGAGUUCAAAACAUAUACCACAGGUAGAGUUCUUAUUUAUCUAACACCAGGUGAUUUUACUCAAGGGGAGAGCAAUGGCACUCGAUAGGUUAAUGGGUUUUAUUGCAUGAUGGUGAUUGAUUCUAGAAAACAUCCACACUAUCCCCAGGGAGGAAAUUUCCACCAUCUGGUGGGGAGAAAAAGUUUGUUCUGAUAAUAGGACAUUUGAAGGGGGUAACUUCUUAUUAACUCUGUGGGUGAGGUCUGAAUGUUUUCUGGAAUAAGCCAUUGUUUACUAAAUUUCUAGGUUUGUGUUGUGUGUGGCUCAUGCACUGCUGGUGGUGCGUAUGUUCCAACGAUGGCAGAUCGAACUGUGAUAGUAAAUAAGAUUGGGACGAUAUUUCUUGCAGGUCCACCUUUAGUCAAGGUAACAUGUGAAACACCAAACGCUGGUGUAUGAGCAACCUCGUACCCAGGCUUGCUCCUCCCUGAUGGUGAGAACUGUAGAGGCGAGAGCCUGGUUAGGAGGUUGGUAUAUGAGCAGUGGAGGCCGCAACAGGUGAAAUAUAUUGACUAUAUAUAUUUUGUUAUGUCUUUGAAGGCCGCAACAGGUGAAAUAGUGUCGGCAGAAGAUCUGGGUGGGGCUACAGUGCAUUGCAGGUAAAUGGUAUUUUGGAUCACCAUCAAAUACUGGAUAAAUGUUCCAAUGAAUUUCAAUGUGUAAUUAUGAUGUUCUAAUUAUCAAUUUAGCAUCAGUGGCUGUACGGAUUAUUUUGCUGAUACAGAACAUGAAGCAUUCUCCAUAACUCGAUCUAUUUUUGGAUCAUUAAAUUCUGAUUCACCAAUGUUAUGUUCAGGUAGGACACUGGAGCCACAAACCUUGUUUUAAUCCAUGGAGUGUCAGCCAAUGUUCAGGGCACAAUGCGGCAUGAUACGCAGAUACGGCUUACUGGGUUAAUGUUUGCUUUAGCUCACAUGCUUGCCUUGAAUAGUACUAUUCACUUGACAUUUCAUAAUUGAUAUGCUCUGUUUGCAGAUUUUGAAGAACCUUUACACAACUCAGAAGACCUCGGACCACUUUCGAUAUUAGAUGAGAGUCAAAUACUGCCAGUCCAUAAGGUAGAUUAGUUAAGAUACUAUCAACUAUCCAGAAUAAGUAAAGUUGUUUAAUUUAGCUUCAUUUUUUAGGCAUUUGUUUGCAUGGUAUUAUUUUUUAGGCAUUUGUUUGCAUGGUAUUAUUUUUUAGGCAUUUGUUUGCAUGGUAUUAUUUUUAGAUGAUAGCAAGAAUUGUUGAUGGCAGUAGAUUUCAUGAAUUCAAAACAAAGUUUGGCCCCAGUCUAGUUACAGGCUUUGCUGCUAUAAAAGGGUAAAUAAUAAAUAUCUGUAAAAUUUAAUAGUCAAUUCACUGUUUUGAAAUCUCUAUGUAUUUUUAUAUAGUAAUAUAUUUUUUAGUUAAUUAAAUGCACCUUUUUCAUUUAAUUGUCUUAGAACUAUUGUUGGUAUUCUUGCUAAUAACGGCCCAAUAACGUCACCUGCGGCAGCUAAGGUAAAUGCAUUAGUUCUAACUUGGUUGUUCCCGUAUAUUUAAACCUAGGAAGCCUAGAAAUGGGGGUUUUCACAAAACACUAUCGUGCAGCAGAUGAUGGUCAACCUGUAGUUAUCAGAGUGAGAAAAUAAUGUUCAUUCUUUUCAUUACAUGUAGUAGUCUUGUAUUUGGUGGGAAUGGUGGCAAAGUUCAAUUCAAAGUUUAAAUGCAAUUUAAAAGAUGUAGUUUAAUUUUCCUGAUCACUGUCUACUGUAAUGCUGACCACAAUCCAGCAAUAUGCUAACCUCUCUUAUUUUGAUUGGUUUUCUUAGGGCGCUCAUUUUGUUCAGAUUUGCUGUCAACAACACAUUCCUCUUGUGUUUCUCCAAGACACUCAUCCUCACAUUCACACAGAUGGAGAGUUAGCAAAACAAGUUGGCAAGUUGAUAUCUGCUGUCUCAUGUGCUGAGGUGAACACAAUUUUAUUUAAUCUUUAAUCUGCCUCAUCAGGCAGUCACGUCACACUGAUAUGUUCAACUAAUCUGAAGAUUAUCCCGUACUCAUUUUGUUGAAAUUCGAAUGCAGGUACCAAAGGUGACUGUUAUAAUAGGAAGAUCGUAUGGUCCAACGAGUUAUGCAAUGGUUUGUUGAAUUUUCUCAUUGUUGUAAUUAUGGUUUGUCAAGGAUCUCACUAUAGCUUUCCUUCUUGUAUAGCAACGGUUUUCAACUGGUUUUCUCAUGUGUCCCCGAUUUCACAUGAUUGAAUUACCACGUCCCCUGAACAGAAAUUGCCCACUGAAGUCUAUCAAAAACACGAAUUUCGAAAUAGUUAGUAAAAUAGUAAAUGAUUUAAAUUUUAAAGAAUAGAUAGAAAGUCAAGCAAACAUGUUUAUAGUACAAACUAUUGUAUUCAACUACUGUUUUCUCAGUCCUAGACCAGUUUGUGUCCCCUAGGAAUUUGCCAAAUGUCCCCUCUCGGGGACAUGUCCCCCAAGUUGAAAACCGUUGUUGUAUAGUGUAGUAUCAUCAUUGUGUCUGUCAACAUAUCUCACUGUAGCUGUCCUUCUUGUAUAGUGUAGUCGUUCUUUGCAACCGUCUUUCCUAUAUGUCUGGCCUACAGCGCAAAUAUCACUUGAUGAACCUAACAAGCUGUCG